AUGAUGAGGAUGGCGGAGAAACUGAAGAAGUUGGAGGAGGUUGUGAAGAAGAUGGAAGAGGAGAAGGAGGAGAUGAAGAAGGUGGUAGAGGAGAAGGAGGAGGAGUUGAAGAAGUUGGCGGAGCAACUAGUCAGCCGGCCUCGGAUGCCGAUUGAAAUGCCGGGUGCCCUUCCUACAGAGCCUGCUCAGGUGAUAGUCGAUAGUCAGGCGGCGUUCAAUAACGUGUAUAUUCAGCGGCCUGGAUGUACCUCGCCUGCCCAGGUUGUAGCAAUUAUGCAAGGGGCCGCUGAUGACGAGGCUAGUACCUCAGCAAUUCAUGUGUAUAUAUAUCAGUAUGGGCGAAAGCCCGUUGGAGAGAAUCCUGAACUGCCGAGAAGGGACCGCUAG